CAACCUCGACUCUUCUAGAAUCACCAGAAUUCUCUCCUCGCGCUGUAAAUUAUCCUCCUCCUUCUCCCAAUUCCCCAUCCAACAAUUCGAGUGAUACAAAAUUCCUCAUCAAUCAAACAUUUGCACACAUAAACUCUCUGAUUAGAGGCGAAAAUGUCUCUGAUUCCGAGCUUCUUUGGCAAUCGCCGCAGCAACGUGUUCGACCCAUUCUCCCUCGAUGUGUGGGAUCCCUUCCAAGGCUUUCCUCUCUCCACCAACUUCCCCUCCUCCGCCCGUGAAACCAGCGCGGUGGCCAACGCCCGCAUCGACUGGAAGGAGACGCCGGAGGCUCAUCUCUUCAAGGUUGAUGUUCCCGGAUUGAAGAAGGAAGAAGUGAAGGUUGAGGUUGAAGAUGGUGGCAUUCUGCAAAUCAGUGGAGAGAGAAGCAAAGAGCAGGAGGAGAAGAAUGACAAGUGGCACCGUAUUGAGAGGAGCAGCGGCAAGUUCUGCCGCCGCUUUAGGCUGCCGGAGAAUGCCAAGCUGGAGCAGGUGAAGGCGGCCAUGGAGAAUGGGGUGCUCACGGUGACUGUGCCUAAAGAGGAAGUCAAGAAGCCUGAAGUUAAGGCCAUUGAUAUCUCUGGUUAAGUGAAAACUUUGGUGGCCAAGUCUUUCUUGAUUUUCAGUUUGUGAAGAUUGAUUUUAUUGUGUGGGUGUGGUUUUUUUUAAUUUCCGGACACUGUAAUGUAAACUAUCAUCAAAAUGUUGUAUAAGAUCGUUAAAUAAACAGUGUGUUUUGAUUUA